AUGCUCAUCACUAAGCUCGAGGCCCUGGGUCUGAACCCCACCCUGUGCAACUGGUUUACCCAUGACUGCAUGGCCAUGCACAUCUCCAAAUCAAUCAUUAAGUUGGCAGAUGACACAACUGUGGUAGGCCUGAUUACCAACAACGAUGAGACAGCCUACAGAGAGGAGGUGAGGGCCCUGGCAGUCCUGACUAUGAACCUGCUCUUUCUGCUGGUCCUGGCUUUUCACCCUGACCUGGCCAUGGGAGGCAGAGCCCAGCGCAAACAAUGGCAGGCUGAGAGCAGACUGAGACCAUAUCUGGGUAGAGUGGACCCAGUCCUACUAUGUGAGCUUCUGAAGUGUCACAGUCCAAUGGGCUCCUGGUGCCAGGUGGUGCAGGACAACGGAGUCCUCUUCCCAAAGUGUGUGUGUCCUAAGAUAUGCCCACGGCAGGGGGCACCAGUGUGCAGUGUUCUGGGAAAGACCUAUGGGAACGAGUGUCUGCUGCAUAGACAAGCCUGCCGCAAGAGACGUCACAUUGGACUGGCUCAUAAAGGGCCUUGUCUGGUUCCCAAGGCAAACUGUACAGAGGAGGAGUAUGGCCAGUUCCCAUACCGCCUCAUGGACUGGUUCCUCCUAUUGAGUCGCAUGGGAGAGUCCUACGCCCCCUACGCCCCGCCUCAGAGCUGCCUGAGCCACACCCAGCGCUCCCAACUAGCCCAGAGGAGGUUUGGCCUGCUGGACAAGAACAAGGAUGGAAAGCUGAGCCGGAAAGACCUGAGGAAGCUACGCUACAAAAGAAUGCCUCUAGAGCACUGUGCUACCUCCUUCUUCCAGUCGUGUGACCAUAACAAGAACACUAAGGUGACCCUGCAUGAAUGGAUCUCCUGUCUGGUGGAUCGCUCAGAGAUCUGGUUCCACAGCUUCAUGUCUAUGAAAAUGGGAUCCGGUAAGCUGUGUCCCAUGAAGACUGACAACCACCUUUGA